AUGCAUCUGCAUCUACACGCUACAUACUGCGCUAAACCGCUCUAUAUCUGAAUCGCAGUUCCAUUCCUCAAAAACCCGCAUACAACGACACAACCCCCCUCCCCCAAAACACUGCUACACCCUUAAGCACUCCUCCAACCACAAUGUCUCCCUCACCCACGCACCCCAAAAUCCUCAUCCAGCCCUUACGCGCAUGCGAAAUACCCGCAUGCGCCGCCCUCGCAGCCCACGCUUUCCACUCCGACCGGCACACGCGAGUGAAGCAGCUCAGCGAACGACACCCGUUCGAUCUCAACGCCCUCUUCCGCGAUAUGCUGGCUUCCCAGCUCAGGAGUGAAAACAGCAUGAAGGCUGUGCAUCAUGGGCAAAGUGGCGGGGAAGUACUGGGCUGGUGCGGAUGCGGGUUUCGCGGUGUGGAUAUGGAGAGCGUGAGGCGGAGCAUGGGGGUACGGUCUGCGGAACGAGAAGCUGUGGAUGGGGCUCGGGUAGAUGAGGAGAGUAGUCACGAGGAGGAAAAUAGUGAGCGAAAGAGAGAAGGUACGGAGGGAAGUGCAGAGACCGGCGAAGAUGAAGAUGAAGACCCCAUCGCCCGGCUCCAUGCGCUUGAAGACGCGGACAUGCGGGCUUGGAUGCUGCGCCUCAUGCCGCCUGGAUGCGCCUGUAUGUUCAUCACGUCCCUCGCCGUCUCCCCCUCCCACCAGCGCCGCGGCAUCGGCGCCGCGCUGCUCACCCCCCUCCUCGCCCUCGCCGACGCGCUGCGCGUCUACACCUGGGUCCACGCUUCGCCGGCCGCGUGGCCGUUGCUGCGCAAGAUGCGCUUUGAAGAAGUGGGAAGGUUGGAACUAGAUCUGGACGCGUAUGCGCCGCGGGCGCCGAGUGCGGAGGAGGGACGCGAGUUGGGGUUGCAGGGCGGGCGGUGGGGACGGUGUGUGCUUAGGUACGGGAAGAGGGAGGCUGUGCGUUUGGAGGAGUGGGAUGCGGGUAAGCUUCGCGAAGCAUUGGAGUUUCCAGGCUAGGCGCGACGAACUGGACGGUUGGCGGAGUAAGCACGCGCCGAGGCGCUGGGGUUUGAGCUUGCGGGUGGAGUGGAGUGGAGUGGAGUGUCGAAGUCUAGUCAGCGAUAGUCUGCUGUGGACAAGGAGUACCGCGGUCGUCGUUUGCAGCGUGUGCCUCUUCUAGUUGAGUGAGACGCCAGUCUGCAUGCACU